AUGUCAAACGGUCUUCCUUUUUUGAAUAAGCUGCGCAAGCCGGAGCUGGCUGAAAUUGCGGAGAGAACCGACUUGCAAGAUUAUGAUGACUACAACAAGGUUGAACUGAUUGCCGCGCUGGAUAAGCACCUCGUCGAUAAUCGCACGAUCUUCUCCGGCGACAAGAAACUCGCCGAGUUCUACACACGCUUGUCAAGCACUGCGCGUAGAGGAUCACCCGUCAAGCGCGAACUUCGGGCAGACGUUUCUCCUGUGAUUGAGAAGAAGACACCUGGUCGCCGAUCCACGAAGCCAAAAGAGGAGGAAUCUGCUGAGUCUGACGAUGCUGCUUUCAAAACCCCCGCCGCGAAGACUCCCUCUGCAACGCGCGCAACUCCGCGAUCAGUGCGAUCCGUCGUUGAGUCGGCAAGUGCGCAAUUUCCGCCAUCUCCGGCCGUAGUAACCGACGCCAUUGAUCGGCAGACUGCGAAGAUGCGCGAGGGCUUGGAGCACGCCUGGACUGAGUCUGGUUUCAUUGAGCGCUCGCAUGCGCUGCGCGCGACUCUGAGCAGCCUCAAGGCCAUUGAGACCAUUUUCGUGCUUGUAGAGGCUAGCUAUGUCCUCUACGAGCUUGUACCUCUCCGCUAUCUCACCACUACUCCUGCUGUGCCCGCCGCCCAUCUUCCCUCGUUCUCGAUCAAGGUUCCCGACCUGUUUGUCCUGCUGACUGGCGCCUUUUGGGCUCCCUUCAGCCUGUGGUUUCUCACCAAUCUGGGGCUGCCGUUACUCGCUGCUUACUUUUUCAAUCUGAGCUGGCAGGCUGCUACUGGUGGCUCCCAGGGUCCUGCACGCCGUACUCGCUCGACUUCAUCUCUCGCCAGCUUUGAUCCCCUGUCCUUCAAUAUUGCCAAGGCUCUGCUGGUGUACAAGGUCUAUGUCGACCACUUUCACUAUGUCGAUCUGUUCAGCAAAUAUGCCAUCCAAAAGGUCAACUUCUCUAUUCCUGGCCAGUAUAGUGGUAUGCUGACCGGGACCGCCAUUGGUGUUAUCGGAACCCUUUACGAGGCCAUUCUGCGGCGCUCGUAG